AUGGGACGCUCGAAGCCUUUGCUUGGAUAUAAACCGCAAGCGAAAACUGCACACAUCAAACGUGUGUAUCCCACAGAUUUACCCCCUCUCCCCCCUUCGUACGAGGCCGCUGUUACCCACCGCCAAUAUCAGCAGCAGCAACAACAACAGCAACAGUAUCAAACCGCCUAUGAUGAGGCUCGCAACAGAAACCAAUACACACAACACCCCGUUCAUGUCGCACACGCCAAUCAGUCCACCUCCUCUGGUUACAACCCACCGACUCAACAACCAGCCCCCGCCAAUCAGGAUGCUGCAUAUUACAACCCCGCCAUGCAACAUUCUAGAUAUAACACACCCGCCUAUCAAGAUCCCGCUUGUUACGCCCCGCCCGUACAACAAUCAACUUAUAACGCCCCCGCCGCACAACAGCGCCCACAUGCUAACAACGCUCCCGCGUUGGAUGCUUGGGGCGCAAAGCUCGCGGAAGAAGAACAACAUUACGGCGGGAGUUUCUUUGAACCCAGUCAUCCCACGGUCUACUCCAACGCGAACAACGCCAGGGGCUCCGACCACGCCAAUGGCUACAACAACUUUAACAAUGCAAACGCUUAUGCUUCGAGCAGCACAAACGUUGCCAACGCCUAUGCUGCGCGUAAUGCAAGCAGGGCAAACAUUUCCGCUACGAGCCGCUACUUCAAUGUACCACAUAGCGCUCCCAUUCCAGGCAACAACGGCGUGAAUGCUGGUAGAGUUCCACCCUCGUCCGGCCUUGCGUCAAUGGACGUCGACCCUGACCCACUUUUUGAUAUGAACAUUGACGACCCUAAUGCGAUGGAUCUUGACUGCCUCUUUGUCACAUAUGGCGGUGUCGUUUAUUUAGUUCAUUCAUUGGGUAUGGAUGUGAAUCACACUCCUGUCGACGAUGUCAUGGCGUGGGAGGCCCAGCAGUCCCAGCACCAGUUUCUGCAGUACCGACAAACUCAAAACAACGAUUUACAGCACCAGCAACACCAGCCACAACGUCAACAGUUUCAACAGUCUCAACGACAGCAACGCCAAUUAUUUCAGCAACAACAACAUCUUCAACAGCAACAACUACGUCCACAACAGCAGCAACGUCUUCAGCAACAGCAGCAACGCCCUCAGCAGCAGCAUCAGCAGAAUCAACAACAACUACGGUCCAGGUGCUCAGGGCAAGUGCGUGUAAUCUCUCAACCUGUUCCAUCCAGACUAGCACAGCCUAUUCCUUCUAUCACGCCUACAAACACCACUACGCAGCCAGCAAGCAAUGUUGCUUUUACCACUGGGCAUACGCUUUCGCGUAGGAACGUCGAACGUGUCGCCGACCGAUUCCGCGACCUCCAUCUCUCAGAAGUUGGUAUUUCUACCAGCAAUUCUUUAUCAGACGGAAACACCACCGGGGUUGGUGAUCAACGCUGCAGUCAUCCAGGAUCGAUGGCUUCUGCCGCGGCGUCGGGACCCAACAGUACCACACCCGAAGGCACGCUUGUUUCGUUCAGCAGCGAUGACCUUGUCAAUCUUGGAAGCCCCCGACCAUCUGUUCUCGGCGCGAGCGGCGUCUGGGAAGAUCUAGCUGGCUUGCAGAACGCCUUCAUUCCGCCUUCGCCACUGGUGGAUGACAGUCUUCUCGUGCAAGUCCCGCUGUCUUCGUCUCCUUACUCCAGCAGCAGCAGCAGCGGUAGCAGCGAAUACUCCCAGUACUUUGAUCUUCGAGAGCUUGACUGGAGCCGCUCGUCCGCUUCGUCGUCGCCCAUGUAUCGCGAACAGUCUUUGUCUGGCAGUGACAACCAGCGAUCGCCGGCUCGUUUCUCCAGGUCUGCCCAGUGGACGCCCCUAUCAAAGAAACUCCAGACCAUGAGCAACGUCACUCGUCGGUGUAGGACCAAGAAGCAGAAGAAGAUCAUCGUGUUGGGUGUUCCCAGAGACACUCUACAGCAAACUCGAAGGAAGAACAAGUUAUCAUCUUCCUCGUCGGCGCGUACCGUCAGGCCGAAGAAGAAGAAAGCUGUCCCCAAGACGGUUACUGCGACGCCACCCAGCGUCGUCAUCGACUCUACUGUCGUUUCGGCGGAGCAGCAACCUGAAACAACUCGUACCGCACACGCCAAUUCAUUGCUUGACGUUCCAAGGCGUUCGGCAAAUCCCGCCACUACCCCUGUCAAAGCAAUUACCAAGGUCUUGCUCCCUAGACGAGUCCUCGCUGCCAGCAUCACUCCGCCUAGCUCUCGAACCGCAAUAGAAAACAGGCGCCCACGCAAGACUGUGACGUUCGCUGACGACGUCGCCCCCAAAGCCGUCCCCAAAGCCGUCCCUGCUCCCGUCACACCCAAGGCCCAACCUCUGUUGCCUUCUCUUCCCAUCACCCCUGUCAGAGAACCUAGGGUCUCGCGUUCCAGCUCCAACUCAUAUGAGAAGGCUUCUUACGUUGCUCCCGUUCCUUCCUCGCGCGAUGUCGAGAAGGCAUAUUCUAUCGGAUGGUGUCGCUAUGAGACUACUUCUGAACGCGCGACGCCAGCCACCCCUCCAGCGCGUCCACGACGCGAGCGUGAGAAUAUUUCUGGUAGCCACCCCCUUUCCAAGGUGCCUCUGGAAAGGAACGGAAAGGUAUCUGUAGAGAAGGCCUCAUCUCGUACUGUUACUGAACCUCAGCCUGCCAAAUGCGACGAGAAAGCCUUACCGGGCGCGUUCCCAGAGGAGCCUGAGGCCAGUGGCCCUACUCUGUUUUCGUGGUUGAAACAGAAGGUUUUGAGGUGGUAA